CACCCACUUUCUCUCCCUAGACUUUUAUGAGAGUGAGCUAUGGAGAAGAAGGAAUAUAUGAUGAAGAUGGAGGGCGAUACAGCAGAUUACAGCUACCCAUUUUCAGGCAUGUUUGAUUUCUCUCAAGGCGAUCAGAAGGACUCGUUAGGGUUUAUGGAGCUUUUGGGUACCCAGGACUACUUUGGUCCUGCUGAUUCCCUCUUUGAUUUGCCACAGAUCAGUGCACAACAGGUACUGCCGACUAAAUCCAUUGAUCUGGGGAAAGAUUACUCUGUCAAUCCUUCAACACCAAACUCCUCGUCCAUUUCAUCUGCUUCAAGUGAAGCUGUGAACGAGGAACCGCACACUGAUAUUAAAGCCCCUGUAAAACAAGAAGAAGAAGACCCACCAGAGCCCAAGAAAGGGUUGAAAGCGAAUCAGAAGAAGAAGACAACAGAGAAGAAACCAAGAGAGCCGAGAUUCGCCUUCCUGACAAAGAGUGAGGUUGAUCAUCUAGAAGAUGGAUACAGAUGGAGAAAGUACGGCCAGAAAGCCGUCAAAAACAGCCGUUUUCCCAGGAGCUACUUUCGGUGCACCAGUGCCUCAUGUAAUGUGAAGAAGCGAGUGGAGCGAUGCGUCAACGAUCCAGGCAUAGUUGUGACGACCUAUGAAGGCCAACAUACGCAUCUAAGUCCUCUUAUGAUGCCUCCUCCUCCGCCAACUACUGCACUGAACAGCAUUCUCAUGCCAAGAACCCUAUUCUCCCACUAUCAACAGCAACAAGGACUGCAGCUAUUUGAGGAUAAUCAAACCAGCAAUUCGGGUUUUUCGACACCAAAUGCUAGAAGCUGGAGUUAUCUUAACGAGCGGCGGUUUUGCUGCCCCGGAGGAAGUUCAGCUUUGAUGACAGACCAUGGCCUUCUUCAAGACAUAGUCCCCUCUAAUAUGUUGAAGCAAGGGUAGCAGAUAGAUAGAAAUGUUGAUUACCAAUUUAUCAUGAUUUGAUAUUCCCGUUGCAUUAUUACUACAUUAAUGUACUAAUUUAGCUUGCUAACUUUGUUUUAGAGAAAAGUAUUGUUGAACUUAAAAUACAGAUGUUCUUGCUAGAAUCGUAUUCUGUAAGGUUUAUAGCUUUCUUCUUUUCAACAUCAUUUUAGGUGGAAAAUGAGGUGAGUGGGUAUGCAGGAAAUAAAGACUGGAAAGGUAUAUACACAAAA